AUGGCGACUAGCAGCAGCAGCGCCGCCAAGACUGUGACGCUCCGCAGCUCCGACGGCGAGGAGUUCGUGGUCAAGGCGGACACGUUCGCGUCGGCGUCGGUGCUGGUCCGGAACAUGCUGGAGGACGACUGCGCCGGCGGCGCGAUUCCGCUGCCCCAGGUCACCGGCCGCAUCCUCUCCCGCGUCAUCGACUACUGCGACCGCCACUACGCCGACGCCGACGCGGCCACCUACGUCGCCGAGCCCUUCUCCUCGGGCGACCCCGACCUGGAGCGCUUCGACACGGACUUCAUCGGCGGCGUCGACUACAACACGCUCAUCGACCUCAUCCUCGCCGCCAACUACCUCGAAGUGCCGCGGCUCCUGGACCUGGCCUGCAAGACGGUGGCCGACCAGAUGAGGGGCAAGACCGUGGAGGAGAUGCGCGCGCACUUCAAGAUCGCUAACGACUACACCCCGGAGGAGGAGGCCGAGGUCCGCUCCGAGAACCCAUGGGCCUUCGAGUAGACACACAAAUCGCGCUGCCUCGACCCUCAGGACUUUUUAGUUUUGCGAUUUUAUUAGUUGCUGCCAUGGACUAGCCAGUGUAUUCCCAUUGGGUUGUGUUCAACUGAAUAGUUUCAUAUACACAUCCUAGUUUGAUGAUACGUGAUCACAUCAAGCCACUCGUUCGUUUGCAUCAUUGCAUGAGUUAGUUAGUUUUCUACUCCAAGGCGACAUGAAGAGACAUUCACGACAUGCAGACUAAUCUCAAAUUCU